AUGGACAAUGAUCUUAACCGUUUGUUAGCUCAAGAGGAGAUGGAUAAGACCAAGCUUGAUCUUGAUUCCUUGGAGAAUACUCAACCACAACCUCGGAGAAUCCUGGGAGAAUCCUCAACCACAACUCAUACCUAUCGGUUAUACUGCAAGGGCUUGGUGAGUGAAGAGCUUGUUAAGGAUGAUACGAUGCUGGUCGGUGGUUUAGGUUUGUCCCUCUGUGACUCGCACGAUAACACGAAACUGGAGAUUAAUAAAGCUCUGAGAAACGAAGAGCUGUCACACCCUGAAGCUGCGGCGUUGGCUGCCAUCAUUCACGGGUUGAAAUGGGCGUUGGAACUUGGUGUGCAAAGUAUCCAAUUCUUCUGUGACGACAAUAUCUUGGGUUACGUAACACGUAAAGCUGCACCGAGCGAGUCCAUUGUAGCAACACUUUUGGAGCAAGUGGCUCUUCUUCAGACAAGAUUCACCUCUUGCCAAGCACUUGCUGUGAGCAAAGACAUCAUUUCAGUCUAUAAGCUUGCAAAAGAUGCUAUAGCUUCCCAAACCAGAUGGUGCGAAGGCGACACCAACACCGAGCUUGAGAGUUGUCCAGUCUGCUACGCAUACGUUUCACCUCAUGACAAGUUUGAGGUGCGCGGUUGCUUCCACCGCAUCUGCGUUACUUGCAUGAGGGAGCGUGUCUCACCCAAACUAAUACGAGAGAACACAUUAACCUGCCCGUAUGCGGAUUGCGAGGAAGAACUUGUGCCAGAGGAUUGUAGAGGUAUUGCUGAUGAUGAUGUUAUCACUCUUAUGAUCCAUAGCAAGAAGGAGAGGGAGAUCCCAGUUUCAGAGAGAGUCUAUUGUCCCAACCCUUCUUGUUCCCUUUUGAUGUCGGACCGAGAACUCAUUAGACACGCACCAGGCAGCUCCAUUGAUCCUCGGCAGUCAGCAGCACGGAAGUGCACGGAGUGCGGAUUGAGUUUCUGCAAAAACUGCCAUGUUCCAUGGCACCACAAGAAGACGUGCGAUGAGUUCAAGAACUCGGAGUCGUACCUGAAAUCUGAGGCGGCGCUUUUCGAGUCUUUAGUGAAGACAGAAGGAUGGAGGAAGUGUUCCAAGUGUGAGACCAUCGUUCAACAUGGUGGCGGGUGCCAACAGAUGACCUGCACGCAUUGCAAACACGAGUUCUGUUACACAUGUGGGGCUGCGUGUAAAAAGAAGAAACUGACUUGUAAAUGCGUGCGUUCAGGGAAACGCGCGACGAAAUAG